GUUACUCACUGGGCACGACAGACUGUGAACCACUCCGUUUAUUAAUAAUUCACCAGCCCUCCGCUUCUCCGGCCGCGAUCCACUGCUGCGCCUCCGCGCGCUUUGGGCCGCCACAUCACUUUUUUAUGGGUUUAUUACACUUUAACAGCUGUUAACUCCAACUAUUUCAUUCACUCGUCAUAUGUACCGGGAUUAGCGUAUACAUAUGCGCGUUCUCGUGAAGUCGCCUGGCAUAGUGAUAUGAUCAAGUAUCACCUCUCUCCAAAACUUGCAACAUCUAUGGUGCCAGAUCUGGUACUAGUUGUGGUCUCCUUUUUUUAUCUCGAGUAAAUAUGGGCAUUGAAGAACAAGUGAAGAAGAACCAAAGGGAAUUCCAUUUUUGUAUUGUUUUUUUAAUAGGAGGACCAGAGGAUGAGGAUAACACAGAGUUCCUUUGAGGCACACAGAAGCAACAGCUGAUUUGUGAGCGCGUAAGUAGAGUCUACUUACUGUCGGCCCCUUGCAAAGAGAGACCUCUGCUCUGUUACUUGGUAGCUGACGAUACGCUAGCAUCGGGCACGGAUUUGCCUCACUGGGUAUUCGGUGAACAGAGCGGACGGAAGGGAUGGCGCACUGACAGGCGACCAGAGCAAGUCCUCACAGCUCCGACAACCGCCGCCCGUGUUUUCAUGGAAGUCCCACGCGUGAAUAGCGGACAUAAACACCCCGAAUGAAGCCGGGAAGUGGUUGACUUGGAUAAGCCGUCUCCCUUCCCUUUCCCUGUUGGAGGAGAACAGUAAAACUACAAUUGAAAAAAAUGUUCACCGGGCCACAGGCCGUCCCGUAUUAGGGUUAUUUUGCUUCCGGUAUCAGAAGAAACGAGUAAUUUUCUAUCUCCCACACUUUUUUUGGAAGCUGAACUUUUUUAGAGUUGAAAAUGGGUAUUUGAGACUGUUGGCACAUUUCGCUGCUCCACAAUGGCCACCGAAACCUUUCUGGUGAAUGAAGACCCCUCCAGAGGUCCUGGGAUGCCUGAAUGCUUUGUAGUAUCAGAUUCCUACAGGUAUUGCGCUACUCACCUUCUAAACAAUCCAUUAGUGGAUGAAUUUCAUCCCUUCAUCGAGGCCCUUCUCCCCCAUGUCCGUGCCUUCUCCUACACCUGGUUCAACCUGCAAGCACGCAAACGCAAGUACUUCAAGAAGCACGAGAAGAGGAUGACAAAGGAUGAAGAACGCGCAGUGAAGGACGAGCUGCUGGGUGAGAAGCCCGAGAUCAAGCAGAAGUGGGCGUCGCGGCUGCUGGCCAAGCUCCGAAAGGACAUCCGGCCCGAGUUCCGUGAGGACUUUGUGCUCACCAUCACAGGCAAGAAGCCCCCCUGUUGUGUUCUCUCCAACCCCGACCAGAAGGGCAAGAUCCGCCGUAUCGACUGUCUCCGCCAGGCCGACAAGGUGUGGCGGCUGGACCUUGUGAUGGUCAUCCUGUUCAAGGGCAGCCCCCUGGAGAGCACGGACGGAGAGCGGCUGGUUAAGUCGCCCCAGUGCGCGAACCACGGCCUGUGCGUCCAGCCCCACCACAUCGGCGUGUCCGUCAAGGAGCUCGACCUCUACCUGGCCUACUUCAUCCACUCACCAGAAUCCGGACAAUCAGACAGCUCAAACCAGCAAGGAGACACAGACAUCAAACCACCGCCCAAUGGGCACUUGAGUUUCCAGGACUGCUUUGUGACUUCAGGUGUGUGGAACGUGGCUGAGCUGGUCCGAGUGUCACAGACUCCAGUGGCCACAGCAUCCGGCCCCAACUUCUCCCUGGCCGACCUGGAGAGUCCCGGCUACUAUAAUAUCAACCAGGUGGCCCUGGGACGCCGCUCCAUCCCCUCCACCCCCUCCACCAGGACUGAAAUGGAGCUUUAUGCAAGUCUCCCACGGAGCUCCAACAAGCGCAAGUCUAUUGACGACAGUGAGAUGGAGAGCCCGGUGGACGAUGUCUUCUACUCGGGCCGCUCCCCUGCGGCCGGCAGCAGCUCCCAGUCCAGUGGCUGGCCCAACGAUGUGGACGCAGUGCAGCACCAUUUGGCCAGUGUGCAAGAGAGGAAGAUAAAGCAUGAAAACGAUGGCGUGCAGUUUCCUUACCAUGGACUCUCCUCGCCUGGUUCUCUUAAGAAGCCGGGGAAAUUGGAUUUCAGCGCCCUGUCGCAGCAGACGAGGUCGUCUCGCAUGGUGUUCACCCACCACCCGCUGCCAAUGCUGGCGGGAGUGAGACCAGGGAGCCCCCGUGCCUCAGCCUCUGCCCUGCACUUCCCCUCCCCCUCCAUCAUCCAGCAGUCCAGCCCGUACUUCCCCCACCCCACCAUUCGCUACCACCACCAUCCUGGACAGGACCCCCUGAAGGAAUUUGUGCAGUUUGUCUGCGCUGAUGGUUCGGGACAGUCUGGCGGCCAGCCAAACGGGAGCGGCCAGAGCAAAAUGCCGGGCUCCUUCUUGCUGCCUCCACCUCCCCCAGUGGCCCGCCCAGUGCCCCUCCCCAUGUCCGACUCUAAAUCCAGCAGCACGCCUCCCGACGGCGGACUGACCUCGCCCACAUCUCCGUCUUACUCCACGUCAGGGGCCCCAGCUCCCAACAGGUUUGUCAGCAUCGGAUCACGGGACAACAACUUUCUGAACAUCCCGCAGCAGACACAGUCUUGGUUCCUCUGACAUGACCUGUCUGCAAACCAGCGACUAGAAUCUUUCUUUACAAUUGGGAAUUGAAACAUGGAAAACAGAAAAAUAACCCACAGGAAAUUGCCCAACGGUCCGUAUGUCUCACAUAAAAAGUAAAGCAACCCAGGAAAUCUUAGCAUGAUACUAGUAGUGAAACUCUGGACCCAAUUACCUAAACAGACGGAACCCCCCAUUUUUAAGACGGGAGGAUCAUAGGAUUUGGGAGAGGCAGAGGACAAGAAGUCAUCUCUCACAUCCAGCAAAACACAGCAACACAAAAAGAGGAACCUGAAGAGAAAAAAGGUCACCUUCUACUUCGGAACAAGGACACAUUGUGCAAAUGGCUGAGAAAAGCAACUAUUCAACAGUCAAAGAAACUGAUGUAGGAGUGGGGAUUGAAAUUGAAGGGACUCUCAAAUCACUCUCUUGAAGGCACAAAACACACCAUCAUUUAAAUGCGGUACGCUCCCCACUGUCAAAUCACCCACAAAACAAACCCAUUAGGUUCCAGUGAAAUACGUAGCAGUCCAUGCUACUAUGAUGUCUCCCUGUCACUCAACACACUGUCAAUUCACCAAUAUUUCCCAGUCUUAUAACCAUUGACCUAAUCAGCCCCACUACUAACAAGACAGAAACCAUGCCAAAACAUUUCCUAAAGGUUGCACUACAAGCUGAAUUAACACUAAUCUCAUGUCCACUAUUACACCUACAUGGCAUGGGGGGAAAACAGGCUUACCUAUGAUUGUAUUAUUAUUAUUAGUGAAAGAGAAAAAAAAUGGAUAUGAGAAGUCUCAGCCCACAGUUCAGCAACACAAGGCCUCCACUCUAACCAGCAUCCCAGCAGAAGAACCCAAACCCAAGUAAAGCAAAAUGCCCAGUUCACUCUUGCAAAACUACAACCGUGACAACAAUCAAGUGCUAAGUAUAUCCACUUUCAUUUGAAUGAUGAAUGCCAUUUGUAACAUUCAUAUAUAUAUAUAUAUAUAUAUAUAUAUAUAUAUAUAUAUAUAUAUAUAUAUAUAUAUACACACAAACACACACCGAGCCCAAGUGGUGUUAUUACGUCUAUGACACAUGCUAUUCACACGUUUCCAGUACACUCUUUUUGCCCCUCGUAGUAGACAACACACAUACUUAGUUAAAAACACAGGCCUCUGCUUUAACAUCCAGAACUACACAGCUACAGUAGUAAUAUUCCCUUUUGCACAGAAUUGUUUUAUUUUUUGUUUCUUAUUGAACCUGUCCCUCUGAAUUUGUCCUCUUUAUAAAAUGUUGUGUUUGAAUGACAGCACCUUAUUGAGAAAAACAGUGGUUGGGAGCGAGACUUCGAGUGGUAUUGCCAGGAAGGGUGAUUCAGUCAGUGUUCAAUACCAUGUAGUGAAACAGUGACAUUAGGUUGCUGAGGGCCCAGAGCCCACCUCCCUCCCACCCACCUCCCUCCCAUCUCCCACCCACCUCCCUCCCAUCUCCCACCCACCCACCUCCCUCCCACCCACCUCCCUCCCACCUCCCUCCCACCCACCUCCCUCCCACCUCCCUCCCAUCCACCUCCCUCCCAUCUCCCUCCCACCCACCUCCCUCCCACCUCCCUCCCAUCCACCUCCCUCCUCCCAUCUCCCUCCCACCUCCCUCCCACCUCCCUCCCAUCUCCCUCCCAUCUCCCCAUAGUUUACCCUUUUUGUUUACACUCCCAGACUGCCCCUGUUCCAAGAGCAGAGAGCCACGCUGCGGAGCAAAAUAAUGAUGUGACAUAUUUCUUCCCAUGUUUGGGAAGGAGAGCCUGUGUUGAGGUCAGAGGUCAUAUUGAGAUGGCAGAGUGCUAUGGUCGCCUCUUUUCCCUGACACGAUCUCUGCUCCCCAUCCUAUCCAGCCUGUUCGUUCUGUUCAGUCAGCCCUUAUAGAUCAAACUGCCCUAAAGAUACUUUACCAGACAAAAGUUCAACCUUUUGAAAUCAAGAGGGACAAAUUAAAUGAACACACUUUGCACAGCGCCACUUGACAAACUCGCAUGCAAACUUACAGUACAAGUAGCAGUUACAACCACCCAGGCCAGAUUGACUGUAAAGGGAAGACUUAACAUGGCAAUCUCUGAGGAAACCUUUUGUUUUUAAUCAUUCACUUUUUAUUUGAAUUCCUAACUUUACUACGAUUCAGUUUGAAAGUGAUUUUUUUUUUAUUAAGGAACAUCAGCUCAAAUCACCAACCUCACAAAAUAACUGGACUGCCUGGUCAUGUACUUCACUGCAGGGAAACGAUGUUGCCAGACGGCAACCAUCUCAUCAGCUUGAUAGAGAACUAGCACUGCUGAAUAAGAAUUAUGAUGGCUAUGGUGAUUUCUUUUCUAAAUCUAUGGAAGUGCCUCUGUCCCAUUAUGCAAUUUGUUAAACGUGAAUUCAGGUUCUUUUUCUCACAUAUAAGCUAAUAGUGAAUGGUGGUGAAAUGCUAUGUCUGGGGAGAAAAACAGUGACAGCUCACUGAAUAAUUGCAAUCAUCUUUAUAUAUAUAUAUAUACACACAUAUAUUUAGAGAUAUAUACAUUUUUUUAUUUGCAAAAUAAGCUCUGUGGCAGUCUAGUUAUUUUUUGAAGCAUGGCACAGUCAAUUGAUGCAUCUUAAAUAUCUGAUUAGAGCAAAAGUACCAGUCCCUAUACCCACAUCUAAUAGCAUAAAGUGUCCAUGGCAAAUACUAUAGAUACAUGAUUUAUAUAGCAAACAGUAAAGUGACGUGGCCAAGGGAAAUAACGGAUUCGAUUUUGGUUAUUAUUUUUUUUUUUUGGGGUGGGGGGGGGAGUAUUGUUGUUGAAUAAAAUGUAUGUGUGUUGAUUGAGCCAUGUGCAAUGCCUUGGGUAGAUAAAUUGUGUUUGUCUGUUAGAGAUUGUUUGAGGGUGUCACGAGAAAAGAGAGGCUAAACCCUCUAUUUUUUUGUUUUAAGUCCACUAGCUCCGGGACUCUAAACACGAGGGCAGACAAAAAAAAUCCCAGUCUUUGUAAAUUGAAAAUGAUUUUUUUUUCCUUAUUCAUUUAAAAAAAUGUAUUUGUAAUGAUUUGUUUUCUAAAUCUGGGAGGGCUGAAGGAACAAUUUAGCAAAACAAAAAUAUAUAUCACUAAAUGAAACCGGUGCUUUUUACGAAAUAAAGUACAUUCAAACUCUUAUACAUAAAUAGUAAUGAACAAAAUUAAGUGUUAUCAUAAAGCACAUUUUAGGAAACAUGCAUUCUAUUUCUCCUUUUGUAUUUACCAAGGGGGGAAGGGGUUCAUUAUAUUGUGAUAAAGGCAUUUUUCUUCAACCUUUAUCCCAGAGCAGGAAGAGAACCGUUUUUUUUUAGAUUGAUUAGAUGGUUAUCCUGACAAUGGGAUGAUGAACUAGUGGAAAAGGCCUGACGUAAUGGACAUCUGGGCCAUGUCAGUAUCACCAGAGAACUGACUAAAACAUGACCUAUUUAACAGAUGAAUUGCAACUUGCAUCCAAUUUUCUAAACUGUGGACAUGUUUAAAACUGGCCAACCGAAGUAAUCAAGUUUGGGAUACAGACAAGAUCUUCCCCAUUUUGGGAGAUGCAUCAGAAAUGGAAUCCAUUUUUCUAAGUGUUAGCUCAACCACAAAGUGAUUAAUAGCAUUUGGAGAGAUGGGAGGUGUAACGCGAAAUACAUUUUGGUAGAUUUAGUUGAUUCCUAUCUCAAACCCAAACAAGGCGAGGGAGUGUAAGGUAUAUUUUGAGCACAGCAAGGAUGAGAGCAGGAUUAAAUCAAAGAAGUGAACCCUUCCCCCUUCCACUCCCAAUCCGCAGUGUAAAUUAUUCUAAAUAUUUGUUUGGUGUUCUAGUGUUAGAAUCAGAGCAUCUUAAAGGUUGUCCCUAAAAAGUGCCUUUUGUUCAGACUCCAUCUUGUAAUCCUGAGUGCCCGUCUCAAAGUCCCCUCCAUAUUUCUUCUAUAUCCUCUCCUUCAAGCUUUUCAAAGCAGUAUAUAUAGUACUAAAGGAAAUUGGUGUGAUUUAGUUAUUUUUAUUGUUGAAUAAUCAAGAAAAGCAAAAAAAAAUCAAAAAAAUCUGUCUUGCUUCUCUUCCUGUAUCUUGUCUUCUGUCUCUCUUGGACACUGGAGUAGUCUGUAGCUGCGUUACCCUCCUUAUCCCUCCCCAAACCCCUUUUCUCUGAAUUGAGGGGUAAAAAAAAGCUCAACUUUGUCUGAGCAGAAUGCAGUUAGCUCACGUUUUUCUUGUUUGUACGCUUCACAUUGUAUAUCAUACCGAUCUCUUCAGCUUCUCCAUUGAACAGUUAAUGUAAGUGAACAAGUUACACCGGUGGGCUCUUGGGGUGUGACGAGGAGAGGGUCUGUGAGGGCGCCUAGUUUUUCAGCGGGAUGUAUUUGAUAACAUAUCACAACGUGGAGAUAAAAUACACAUCGGAAUAUCCCUCUGAAUGGGCAAGGGGGCUGCAUGGCAACUGGGGUAGAAUAGGCAAGUUUGGUUAAUUCUUGUUAACCAUUUUUUUUUUUACAGAAUUGAGUUUCGUAUCUUAUGCAGCAAUGCUACAUUGAGACCGUUUAAUGAUGCACCUUUCUAGAGGUUGUAUGAGACCAGCUAUUAAAACAAGUGAAAAAGGACCUGAAAUGACUAAGCGUUCUUAUAACUGAAUGGUUCCAUCCCACGUAGACUGGCAGGCUCAGAUCCACAAUCAAGAGAACCGUUACACCCAUUUACUAGAACCCCAAAUGAACAGUGAGAACAAUUAGACUAAAGUCAUAUGUAGUAGACAGUUAAAGCACCUUGAAAUUCCACCAGCAAAAUCAAGAGCAGGCUUGAUAGAGGGCCUACUUGUUUCCUACAAGAAUAUGCAUGUUUUUAUUGUAAGUGAUUGAAGCCAGCAGCAGUAUUAGCCUUGACAAUUAAAGCGUGACAGGUUUCAGUGUGCUUUGCUUGGGCAGAACUUUGGUCCCUAGCUAUCUUGCCCUGCAGCACCAGAGUUCUGUCUCUCCCUGGCCACUCGUCUUUUUAUUUUCCUUCGGGUUUGUUUUUAAAAGUGCGUAGGGCCAUGUUUAGUGUUGUGUAGCGUGAACCCCCAGCUGGCCUUGCCCCGCACCCCCCUCAGCGCAGCUUCCCUCCCUCAGGAAUACACCUCCCAGAGCCCAUGGUGAAAUGCAUGUGUUAAUUACAGUUUCUUUUCCAUAAUAAUAAAAACAGUUUGAAAAGAGCAACAUUUGAAUAAAAGGAUGUUUUUGACUGUAA